CCCUCUUCUUCCUAAUCAUUUUUUCGUCUCACCCCAUCUCACUCUCGUUUUCCCAUCUUUCUUUCCAUCUUCUCCAUCUCUUCCAUUUAAUUUUCUUUUAUAUUCUAUAACUGUUUAACCCAACAUGUCCUUCGUCACGGGCCAUCUUGUCCGUCGGGGCACGGAGCUUGCCUCCGCCCAAUUUAAGGACCCCGAGAAGCAGCCGGAGCAGAUCUCGGGCGCUCUCGCUGCCUGUCUGGCCUUGACCGUUUUGGUCUUUGGCUUUGCUAUGUGGGCUGUGGAAUAUACUUAUGGUGGUGUCGUGGCUACCCUUGCCGCCGUUGAGGACUCCAACCCGGAUGUCUACGUUCGCAUCGAUAACCCUCCCGAGGAGGACCCGACCAAGCCUUUCGACCCUAACGAGCCUGAGCUUGCCGCCGCUGCUCGUCCUCAGCCCGUCACCAGCAAGCUACGCACCACUAUCAAGCAUCUCCGUGCCCGUGCUGGCUUCUGGUCUCGUUUCCGUGGUCUGGCCAUGUAUCUGACCUAUGGAUUGGCUCGUGGCAUCAUCUCGAGUUUCCUCCCCUCCGGCUCCUUCAUCACUCAAUUUUUUGUGCAGUCCAUCCUCAGCGUCCUCCUGUCUACCUGGCAGAUGGCCUGGGUGCACAUUGUCAUCUCUGAGCCUUCCCCCAAGCGCUUCUACCAGCGUAUUCCUAGCUUCCGCACCUGGGUUAAGAUUGCCCCUGCUGCUGCUCUGGCCGAUGUCUUGACUGCCGCUGGUUUCUUCCUCCCCAUGGCCAUUGCCAGCUUUGCCGGUUGGCUCGAGUCCAACAAUGGCAACGAGUCCUCGAUGGUCGCUGCCUGCCGCUACCUGGUGGUGAUGGGUGUCCCUGCACUAUUCGCCUUCCUCAUUUCCAUCCCCGCUCGUGUCAUCUUCGUCCGUGUCGCGGCUUCCAUGCUGCCCGAGGAGGACGAGACCAUUGUUCCCUUCGACCGCUCAUUCGGUGGCAAGGUUCAGCCCCAGAUUGUCGGUGGCAGCGGCCAUAUUGGUCUGCUGGAUGCCUGGACCACCUUUGACUGGGCUGCUCGUGUUCGCUUUGCCAAGGUCAUUGGUAAGACCGUUGCCAUCGAGGUUGCCCUGGGUCUGUUGGCUGGUAUCUUGAUCUUUGUCCAGAUCAUCACCAUGGCCCCCAACGCUAUCAAGCACGAUGGCUCUGCUAAGCCUUCCCCUGCUUAGAUUAUAAAUCUGGAAUACCUGGAACUGUGGCCAUUUUUGGUUAUGGUGGACCCUAUAUUAUCUAGGAUAGCCCUCCUCGGGUCUGUCCUCGACUUACGAUCACACUCUCUCCUGAUGCCUCUCCCUUUCCAUUUCUUUACUGCAUUAUUUUGUCUAUAGCUCUUCGUUGGCAAUAAAUCAAACUAUUUGACCUGCUAUAUCA